AUGGAGAGCGUCAAUGAGGUUUCAUCUAUGGAUCAAGUUUUUACAAUGGAAUAUGGAAAUGUGACAGCCAAUCAGCACACCAGAGACAGCUCAGGAUCAGCUCAGCACUCCAGGAGAAGAGUCUACAGAUUGGUUGCUGUGGGCUUUGGGUUGCUGUGUGUCCUACAAGUCACUCUUAACGUCUCGCUGCGUUUAGUCGCCAACCUGACUGAAGGGAGAGACCAGUUGGUGUGUGAGAAAGACGUCCGCAAGAUAUGUCCCCAAGACUGGUUAAUAAAGUCUGGCUGCAGUUGUUACUUCAUCUCCCCUGACACUAAAAACUGGACUGAGAGCAGACAGGACUGUCUGGACAGAGGAGCAGACCUGCUGAUCAUAAACAGCAGAGAGGAACAAGCUUUAAUCAAAGCAUUUGGCCACCGUGCCUGGAUUGGUCUGACUGACAGAGAAGCUGAGGGAACCUGGAGAUGGGUGGACAAAACACCACUGGCCGCAAGUUAUUGGAUUGAAACCGGCGAACCAAAUGGAGGAGCUAAUGAGAACUGUGUUGAGAUUGUUGUGGAUUACAAUGACCCAGUAUUGGUCUGGAAUGAUCUACCAUGUAACUAUGAAACUCGUUGGAUCUGUGAGAGUUUGUGGGUUCUGUGAGAGUUCGUGGGUGCUGUGAGAGUUCGUGGGUUCUGUGAGAGUUUGUGGGUUCUGUGAGAGUUUGUGGGUUCUGUGAGAGUUCGUGGGUUCUGUGAGAGUUCGUGGGUUCUGUGAGAGAGCCAACACGCCCAACCACCGCCACAAUCUCUAGAUUCAGCACUAACACCUACAAUGGUCUCCACAACAUUAUCUUAAGCAAGUAAGGCCUAUUGAUAACAAUUCAUUAAUGGAAAAGCAGGACCUGCAUUUAUAAAAUUAUUGCAAUAGUUUUCUCUCUCUCUUUUGACUUCACUCCUUCUCACAGUUCCAUCGCUGAACUCUUUAUUCAUUUUUGUCAUGCUCAUGUAAUAAGUGUUGAAUUUCAUGUUGUGUAAUGACCCAGAAUCUGCAUAGUUCCACCCCUGAUUUUACUGUACAUUCCUUUUGUUGUUUUAAAUUCCCUUUUUAAUGUCUCACACUUCCUUAUCAUCCUGUAUUCCCCCUAAUCAACAUCCCCUGCCUCUCCUGUAUUCCCCCUCAUCAACAUCCCCUGCCUGCCCUGUAUUCCCCCUCAUCAACAUCCCCUGCCUCUCCUGUAUUCCCCCUCAUCAACAUCCCCUGCCUCUCCUGUAUUCCCCCUCAUCAACAUCCCCUGCCUCUCCUGUAUUCCCCCUAAUCAACAUCCCCUGCCUGCCCUGUAUUCCCCCUCAUCAACAUCCCCUGCCUCUCCUGUAUUCCCCCUCAUCAACAUCCCCUGCCUCUCCUGUAUUCCCCCUAAUCAACAUCCCCUGCCUCUCCUGUAUUCCCCCUAAUCAACAUCCCCUGCCUGCCCUGUAUUCCCCCUCAUCAACAUCCCCUGCCUCUCCUGUAUUCCCCCUAAUCAACAUCCCCUGCCUGCCCUGUAUUCCCCCUAAUCAACAUCCCCUGCCUGCCCUGUAUUCCCCCUCAUCAACAUCCCCUGCCUCUCCUGUAUUCCCCCUCAUCAACAUCCCCUGCCUGCCCUGUAUUCCCCCUCAUCAACAUCCCCUGCCUCUCCUGUAUUCCCCCUCAUCAACAUCCCCUGCCUGCCCUGUAUUCCCCCUCAUCAACAUCCCCUGCCCCCCCUGCCCCCCCUUACUUCCCUGUUUGAGGUUGUGGACAGGUGUCUUUUAUACUGAUAACAAGUUCAAACAGGUGCCAUUAAUACAGGUAACGAGUGGAGGACAGAGGAGCCUCUUAAAGAAGAAGUUACAGGUCUGUGAGAGCCAGAAAUCUUGCUUGUUUUUAGGUGACCAAAUACUUAUUUUCCACCAUAAUUUGCAAAUAAAUUCAUUAAAAAUCCUACAAUGUGAUUUUCUGGGGAAAAAAAAUCUCAAUUUGUCUGUCAUAGUUGACGUGUACCAAUGAUGAAAAUUACAGGCCUCUCUCAUCUUUUAAGUGGGAGAACUUUCACAAUUGGUGGCUGACUAAAUACUUUUUUUCCCCACUGUAGCUGUCUGGAAGGGAGUUAGAUUUAUCAUUGUUCUUCUACUUUUCCUGGCUGGCAAAGUACCAGGAUGUUGUUGAGAGCAGUUUCGAAUCUGAAUUUAGAAACUGAAUUUAGAAACUGCAUUUGAAAACUGAAUUUGAUGCAUAGGAGAAAUUGAAUAUAUAAAACUUUGGUCAACUUGAAAUGAUAGUUUGUAAACUUGAUACACAGAAAAUGAAUGCAAUAUCUACCAUAUUGAAACUGAAUAUAUAAAUAUUGAAUUUGAAUAUUGAAUUAAACUGAAUGCAAUAUUCAUCCACACUGCCCUUUCCCACCUGGACAAGAGGAACACCUACGUGAGAAUGCUAUUCAUUGACUACAGCUCAGCAUUCAACACCAUAGUGCCCUCUAAGCUCAUCACUAAGCUAAGGAUCCUGGGACUAAACACCUCCCUCUGCAACUGGAUCCUGGACUUCCUGACGGGCCGCCCCCAGGUGGUAAGGGUAGGUAACAACACAUCUGCCACACUGAUCCUCAACACGGGGGCCCCUCAGGGGUGCGUGCUCAGUCCCCUCCUGUACUCUCUGUUCACCCAUGACUGCAUGGCCAGGCACGACUCCAACACCAUCAUUAAGUUUGCCGACGACACAACAGUGGUAGGCCUGAUCACCGACAACGAUGAGACAGCCUAUAGGGAGGAGGUCAGAGAUCUGGCCGUGUGGUGCCAGGACAACAACCUCUCCCUCAACGUGACCAAGACAAAGGAGAUGAUUGUGGACUACAGGAAAAAAAAGAGGACUGAGCACGCCCCCAUUCUCAUCGACGGGGCUGUAGUGGAACAGGUUGAGAGCUUCAAGUUCCUUGGUGUCCACAUCACCAACGAACUAUCAUGGUCCAAACACACCAAGACAGUCGUGAAGAGGGCACGACAAAGCCUAUUCCCCCUCAGGAGACUAAAAAGAUUUGGCAUGGGUCCUCAGAUCCUCAAAAAAUUCUACAGCUGCACCAUCGAGAGCAUCCUGACUGGUUGCAUCACCGCCUGGUAUGGCAACUGCUUGGCCUCUGACCGCAAGGCACUACAGAGGGUAGUGCGUACGGCCCAGUACAUCACUGGGGCAAAGCUCCCUGCCAUCCAGGACCUCUAUACCAGGCGGUGUCAGAGGAAGGCCCUCAAAAUUGUCAAAGACUCCAGCCACCCUAGUCAUAGACUGUUCUCUCUGCUACCGCACGGCAAGCGGUACCGGAGUGCCAAGUCUAGGUCCAAAAGACUUCUCAACAGCUUCUACCCCCAAGCCAUAAGACUCCUGAAGAGCUAAUCAUGGCUACCCGGAAUAUUUGCACUGCCCCCCCACCCCAUCCUUUUUACGCUGCUGCUACUCUGUUAAGUAUUUAUGCAUAGUCACUUUAACUCUACCCACAUGUACAUAUUACCUCAACUACCUCAACUAGCCGGUGCCCCCGCACAUUGACUAUGCAACGGUACCCCCCUGUAUAUAUAGCCUCCCUACUGUCACUUUAUUUUACUGUAUAUAUAGCCUCCCUACUGUCACUUUAUUUUACUUCUGCUCUUUUUUUUCUCAACACUUUUUUGUUGUUGUUUUAUUCUUACUUUUUUUGUUUAAAAUAAAUGCACUGUUGGUUAAGGGCUGUAAGUAAGCAUUUCACUGUAAUGUCUGCACCUGUUGUAUUCGGCGCAUGUGACCAAUAAAAUUUGAUUUGAUUUGAUUUGAUUCAAUUGAAAGUUCAAUUUAGGAAUAUUAUGAUUCAAUUUGUGCAUUACGAAUUAAAAAAUAUUGAAUUCAAAUCCAAUAUCCUAACAUAAAUUCAAAAUGUGAAAAUUCAAAUAACAUUUCUGUUGGCACUGAAAUCGCUCCACCCUCCAUCCAAAACGAAUAUCAGGUGAAUAACAUGCUAUUCUCAUGCUUAAGUUCAAGGUCAGAGAGAAAAGUGCAUAAAAAGGGAAUUAAGUUCAAUUUAUGCAUAAUUACCUCGGGUCGGAAUCGGGGCCUAUAUGCAUGCUGAAAGUCAGCAGUUAAAUUGUUCUCUGAAAAAUAGCAUUGUAUUUGGUCAAACACAAUUCUCUCCGUGAGUUUUAUAAGAACAGGUAGAAAACGGAUUGGGCGACUGUUAGCGCCAGCAAAGGGUGCUUUACUAUUUUUAGGCAGGGGAAGUACACUACAUUACCAAAACUAUGUGGACACCUGGUCGUCGAACAUCUUAUUCCAAAAUCAUGGGCAUUAAUAUGGAGUUGAUCCCCCCAUUUGCUGCUAUAACAGCCUCCACUCUUCUGGGAAGGCUUUCCACUAGAUGUUGGAACAUUGCUGCGGGGACUUGCUUCCAUUCAGCCACGAGCAUUAGUGAGGUCGGCCACUGAUGCUGGGUGAUUAGGCCUGGUUCGCAGUUGGCGUUCCAAUUCAUCCCAAAGGUGUUCGAUGGGGUUGAGGUCAGGGCUCUGUGCAGGACAGUCAAGUUCUUCCACACCAAUCUCGACAAACCAUUGUCAUGCUGAAACAGGAAAGGCCCUUCCCCAAACUGUUGCCACAAAGUUGGAAGCACAGAAUUGUCUAGAAUGUCAUUGUAUGCUGUAGCAUUAAGAUUUCCCUUCACUGGGCCUAGCCCAAACCAUGAAAAACAGCCCCAGACCAGAAUUCCUCCUCCACCAAACUUUACAGUUGGCACUGUGCAUUGGGGCGGGUAUCGUUCUAUCUGGGAAUCUGCCAAACCCAGAUUAGUCCAUCGGACUGUCCGAUGGUGAAGCGUGAUUCAUCAUUCCAGAGAAGGCAUUUCCACUGCUCCAGAGUCCAAUGGGGGCGAGCUUUACACCACUCCAGCCGACGCUUGUCAUUGCGCAUGGUGAUCUUAGGCUUGUGUGCGGCUGCUCGGCCAUGGAAAACCCAUUUCAUGAAGCUCCCGAUGAACAGUUCUUGUGCUGACGUUGCUUCCAGAGGCAGUUUGGAACUCAGUAGUGAGUGUUGCAACCGAGGACAGACAAUGUUUACGCGCUACAAGCUUCAGCACUCUUGUGGUCCCGUUCUGUGAGCUUGUGUGGCCUAUCACUUCGCGGUUGAGCCAUUGUUGCUCCUAGACAUUUCCACUUCACAAUAACAGCACUUACAGUUGACCGGGGCAGCUCUAGCAAAGCAGAAAUUUGACAAACUGACUUGUUGGAAAGGUGGCAUCCUAUGACGGUGCCACGUUGAAAGCCACUGAGUUCUUCAGUACGGGCCAUUCUACUGCCAAUGUUUGUCUAUGGAGAUUGCAUGGCUGUGUGCUCAUUUUAUACACCUGUCAGCAACGUGUGUGGCUGAAAUAGCCAAAUCCACUAAUUUGAAGGGGUGUCCACAUACUUUUGUAUGUAUAGUGUACGUUAGCUUCCUUCCACGCCUGUGGACACACACUCCUUUAGGCUUUUGUUAAAGAUAUAGCAAAUAGGGGUGGCAAUACAGUCUGCUACCAUUCUCAAUAGUUUCCCAUCUAGGUUGUCUGUACCUGGUGGCUUAUCAUUAUUGAUGGAUAACAAUCGUUUUUCCACCUCUCCCACACUAACUUGACCAAAUUCAAAACAGCAAUCCUUCUCUUUCAUUAUUAGAUAUUUUACACAAAAAUAUGACGGUUCACUGUUCAAUGUUGUCAUUUCACUACUGAGUUUUUCCACUUUACUAAUGAAAUAGUCAUUGAAAUGAUUGGCAAUAUCGAAAGGUUUUGUUAUAAAUGACCCAUCAACUUCAAUGAACGACGGAGAUGAAUUGGGUUUCUGCCCAUGAUAUCAUUUAAGGUACUCCAAAGUAUUUUUUCCAUUGUGUUUUCUGUCAUUUAUCUUUGUUUGGUGACAUAAUUUCUUCUUAUUUUUGUUAAGUUUAGUCACAAAAUGUUUUUAUUGACAGUAUGUCAACCAAUCAGCUGAGCAGCCUCACUUGUUGGCCACCUCAUUUCUUUGAACCAUACGAUUUAUCAAUUCACCAUCGAUCCGGGAGUCUCUAACUGUUCUCACACUUAGUUUCUCAAAUACACCUAAAACUAAAAGCAUUGUAUUUGGUUCGAAACAUUCUCCAAGACCUAAACCGGAGUUGUGUAUAAAGGGUGGGACCAUUGAGCAAGUUAGACUCCUAGGUAUAACAUUGGAUGGUCAAUUAUCAUGGUCAAGUCAUACUGACAAAGUUGUUGUGAAGAUGGGGAGGGGUAUGUCUGUUAUUUACAUGUUACAUUGUAGUCAUUUAGCAGACGCUCUAAUCCAGAGCGAUUUACAGUUAGUGAGUGCAUACAUUUUUUCAUACUGGCGCCCCCCGUGGGAAUCGAACCCACAACCCCUGGCGUUGCAAACACCAUGCUCUACCAACUGAGCUACAGGGGGAGCCACCAGGGGUCAUCUAAUGGACUGUGAGGGGACACAAACACACACACAGUCAGACACAAUCUAACAGACACAUAUAUUUUUUAAAAUGUUUGUAUUAUUAGUAGUAGUUGUAUUGUUUGUAUAUCGUUGUAUUUUAAAUGUGGGUUACUGUCUUUGUCUGUCAGUGUAUCAGUGUUUUGUUACUUGUCGUGUUUUUUUUGUGGACCCCAGGAAGAGCAGCUGCUGCCUUUGCAAAAGCUAACGGAGGUCCAAAUAUGCAAAUAAACCCCUAACUAUUUGAAAUGUCAACCUCAAUGGGGUAGGGACUUAGUUCAGGUUAGCAAGGACCAUGACACGAGUGGCAAGGAGUGGAAUGGGGUUCGGUCAACAACAUUACACACGCGUAUUCUUUGUGGUCGUCACUAUUUACCACAGCCACAAAUGGCUACACCCUGCUUAUUACUACAACGUAUCUUCUUAAAAUCUGAUUUUAAACCGAACCCUAACCUUAAUCAACAAUGCUAACCUUAAACUAAGACCAAAAAGCACAUUUUAGUUUUUAUUUUAUUUUUAUCUUUACGAUAUAUAGCCAAUUUUGACUAUGUGGCUGUGGUAACUAGUGACAACCAUUCUUUGUACACUGCUGUGCUUGUUAUUGUGUGACGUAACAAGGCGUGUCCCUGUCAAAAUGUAACGCGAUUCCAGCUUUAGCCUCUAGAUGGAGGUAAAGUACAGUUAUACAGCCAGAGCAGCGCCUGUAAAGGUUUUGCAUCACAAGACAACACAUUUAUCCAGCCAGUGUUUUGGACUUGGACUAAAUGCCAUUUACAUUUCUGGUGAAUCGUCCUUGAGGCCGAUACGUAAAGCUUAUUAAAGAGCAGUAAUAGUAUUAAGAGCAGUGAUACUAUUAAGAGCAGUGAUACUAUCAAGAGCAGUGAUACUAUCAAGAGCAGUGAUACUAUCAAGAGCAGUGAUACUAUUAAAAGCAGUGAUACUAUCAAGAGCAGUGAUACUAUCAAGAGCAGUUAUACUAUUAAGAGCAGUGAUACUAUCAAGAGCAGUGAUACUAUUAAAAGCAGUGAUACUAUCAAGAGCAGUGAUACUAUUAAGAGCAGUGAUACUAUCAAGAGCAGUGAUACUAUCAACAGCAGUGAUACUAUCAAGAGCAGUGAUACUAUCAAGAGCAGUGAUACUAUCAAGAGCAGUGAUACUAUUAAGGGCAGUGAUACUAUUAAGAGCAGUGAUACUAUUAAGAGCAGUGAUACUAUCAAGAGCAGUGAUACUAUUAAGAGCAGUGAUACUAUCAAGAGCAGUGAUACUAUCAAGAGCAGUGAUACUAUCAAGAGCAGUGAUACUAUUAAGGGCAGUGAUACUAUUAAGAGUAGUGAUACUAUCAAGAGCAGUGAUACUAUUAAGAGCAGUGAUAUUAUUAAGAGCAGUGAUACUAUCAAGAGCAGUGAUACUAUUAAGAGCAGUGAUACUAUCAAGAGCAGUGAUACUAUCAAGAGCAGUGAUACUAUUAAGGGCAGUGAUACUAUUAAGAGCAGUGAUACUAUUAAGAGCAGUGAUACUAUCAAGAGCAGUGAUACUAUUAAGAGCAGUGAUACUAUCAAGAGCAGUGAUACUAUCAAGAGCAGUGAUACUAUCAAGAGCAGUGAUACUAUUAAGGGCAGUGAUACUAUUAAGAGCAGUGAUACUAUUAAGAGCAGUGAUACUAUCAAGAGCAGUGAUACUAUUAAGAGCAGUGAUACUAUCAAGAGCAGUGAUACUAUCAAGAGCAGUGAUACUAUCAAGAGCAGUGAUACUAUCAAGAGCAGUGAUACUAUUAAGGGCAGUGAUACUAUUAAGAGUAGUGAUACUAUCAAGAGCAGUGAAUACUAUUAAGAGUAGUGAUACUAUCAAGAGCAGUGAUACUAUUAAGAGCAGUGAUAUUAUUAAGAGCAGUGAUACUAUCAAGAGCAGUGAUACUAUUAAGAGCAGUGAUACUAUCAAGAGCAGUGAUACUAUCAAGAGCAGUGAUACUAUCAAGAGCAGUGAUACUAUCAAGAGCAGUGAUACUAUUAAGAGCAGUGAUACUAUUAAGAGCAGUGAUACUAUCAAGAGCAGUGAUACUAUUAAGAGCAGUGAUACUAUUAAGAGCAGUGAUACUAUUAAGAGCAGUGAUACUAUCAAGAGCAGUGAUACUAUCAAGAGCAGUGAUACUAUCAAGAGCAGUGAUACUAUCAAGAGCAGUGAUACUAUCAAGAGCAGUGUGCGGGUUUCUUCUUUUUUUCUCAUCUUAUUCAACUGUUACCAUGCACCUGCAACAAAGAUAACUCAGAUGUGCGAAUGCCUUUUGAAAUGAUGAAUCCUCCUCAAAAGAUGAUGCUGAUCAAGUCAAGACAGUUACAAGAAUGGAAUGAAAUGAAGACUAAUAUUAGCAGGGUCAUACAAAUGAUUCCCUAAUUAAAUGCAGCAUUAUAGCCUGUCAUCAAACACAAGGCCGACUGUCAAUUAUGAGUGGGCGUUUCCUUUCUGAUCACUAUGAACUGACGUAACACUGUAUAUUUACAUUUACAUCAUUUAGCAGACGCUCUUAUCCAGAGCGACUUACAAAUUGGUGCAUUCACCUUAUAGCCAGUGGGAUAACCACUUUACAAUAUGUUUUUUUUUUUUGGGGGGGGGGGGGGGGGGGGGUUGGGGGGGGGUAAGGAGGGGUAGAAGGAUUACUUUAUCCUAUCCCAGGUAUUCCUUAAAGAGGUGGGGUUUCAAGUGUCUCCGGAAGGUGGUCAGUGACUCCGCUGUCCUGGCGUCACUUGGCUCUGAUACCAAGACGAUCAGUAAUUGAUUAGCUGUCAGUCAUUUUAGUGAGUGGAAUUCAAAUAAGAAGCAUAAUGUGUACAAUAAUAAUCUAUUUAAUAAUAUCUGUUUAUUUACUUUAAGACACAUAUUCAUGUCAUAAGUCAAUGGUCCCACCUGUCAAUGAUUUUUAAAAGGGCGGGACGUUUAUGAUUUAAAUGGCUUCACUGUCCAGAUCCGUCUACACUUGUAAGAUAUCCAGACACAAUGCGUCUGACUACCUCCAGAGGUGGUCAGGAAGAUCAGAUCACAAUCAGAUCACAAUGUGUCUUUUAAUCGUCAACACCGGUCUUCAAAUGUGGACACAAUCAGGAUGUGGACCAAAUUAGGACAAAAUAUGCAUGUUAGCAACAGGUAUAAAUGGGGCUUUGGUCUCCAUCUCAAACAAACAGAGAAAUGUUAACUCUGUAUAUGCUGAGAUAAAGAGCCCUGUCUAUCUGAUGACUAACACCUCGUUUCUGCCCUCUCAUCCUCCUACACAACAUUAUGUUACUGACAGGGAAAUGGAUCAAAGACAGUGAAAUGUUUAGUAAUUUUCACAUUAUAAAAAGCAGAGCUCUAUCAAUGUUAGCUGGAUGAGGACACACUGAGCUGUGUUCUCUGAUAUGACAGACAACCAAACAAGAUUCCUGGUAGGCCGUGAUAUGGAACAAGAUUCCUGGUAGGCCGUGAUAUGGAACAAGAUUCCUGGUAGGCCGUGAUAUGGAACAAGAUUCCUGGUAGGCCCUACAACCAAAUAAGAUUACUGGUAGGCCCUACAACCAAACAAGAUUCCUGGUAGGCCCUAUAACCAAACAAGAUUCCUGGUAGGCCGUGAUAUGGAACAAGAUUCCUGGUAGGCCCUACAACCAAAUAAGAUUCCUGGUAGGCCCUACAACCAAACAAGAUUACUGGUAGGCCCUACAACCAAACAAGAUUACUGGUAGGCCCUACAACCAAACAAGAUGACUGGUAUGCCAUUAUAUGUAGCGUGUUGGGUGGAGCUGUAGGUCAUAAGAAAGUGGAACAUCUAAACUCUGACUAGCUAGCUGACAUCUAAUACACUGACCACUGACUGGGCCUUACAGAAAUGAACCCUUAUAUGGCUACGGUGACUUUGACGCUCUUUGUCUAGAGACACAUUAAAGUACUUAGCAAUGUCAAGAGGAACCUGGACAUAGUGUGGAAAUAAAAAAAAAACAAGUAUGUACUUUCCACACCAUCAACUUCCUGUUCAUAUGAUGAUGUGUUAUGAAAUAAGCAGUGAGAAGGGAAGUGAUGUUGAGAUUAGCUUCACAGAUUUGAGUGAAAACGAACCACGUUGGAACAUUAUGGAGAGCGUCAAUGAGGUUUCAUCUAUGGAUCAAGUUUUUACAAUGGAAUAUGAAAAUGUGACAGCCAAUCAGCACACCAGAGACAGCUCAGGAUCAGCUCAGCACUCCAGGAGAAGAGUCUACAUAUUGGUUGCUGUGGGCUUUGGGUUGCUGUGUGUCCUACAAGUCACUCUUAACGUCUCCCUGCGUUUAGUCGCCAACCUGACUGAAGGGAGAGACCAGUUGGUGUGUGAGAAAGACGUCCGCAAGAUAUGUCCCCAAGACUGGUUAAUAAAGUCUGGCUGCAGUUGUUACUUCAUCUCCCCUGACACUAAAAACUGGACUGAGAGCAGACAGGACUGUCUGGACAGAGGAGCAGACCUGGUGAUCAUAAACAGCAGAGAGGAACAAGCUUUAAUCAAAGCAUUUGGCCACCGUGCCUGGAUUGGUCUGACUGACAGAGAAGCUGAGGGAACCUGGAGAUGGGUGGACAAAACACCACUGACCGCAAGUUAUUGGAUUGAAACCGGCGAACCAAAUGGAGGAGCUAAUGAGAACUGUGUUGAGAUUAUUGGGAAUUACAAUGACCCAGUAUUGGCCUGGAAUGAUCUACCGUGUAACUAUGAAACUCGUUGGAUCUGUGAGAGUUCGUUGGAUCUGUGA